CUAUUUGUGGGCUCCAGUUGAGUUGGCCCACAUAAUGUUGUCGUGAUUAUUAACGUUGUCACAAGUUUACUCAAUCUCAAAAUUUCAUAUACCACUGAUUGUUGUCACAAGUUUACUCAAUCUCAAAAUUUCAUAUACCACUGAUUGUUAAAAGGGCUUCUGUAUACGUUUUAGAGGUGAUAUAAGCUCCAACCACAUAAAGUAUAUUUGAAGCCACAAUUUACCACAUCACUUCCCAACUCAACUUAAAUAGACUUUUAGCUGCAGAGCUCUAUUUAUAGCUAUACUACAAAUUUAUAGCAAAGGCUGAAGGAUCUGAUCCAGUUGUUACUGAUUUCGAGCAAGACAUCUCUACUCUGUACGAGCUCAAACAGAGCGGAGUGAAAGAACUAACAUUCAAAAGCCCGCCGCCACCAAAACGUGAAGAUCACGAGGAACAAAAACAUUUUCUGCUUUGAUUGCAACAAGCUCAUCUGUCUGGACUGUAUCGUUAUUGAACACGCUGGACACAAUUACUAAUUUGCAAAGAAAGCCAUCCCCGCAACUCGCAAAAAGCUGACAGAGCACCUCUUUCCACUCAAAAACCUACUACCUGAUCUGAGCACCGCUGUGAGUCAAAUGAACGGAAUUAAACAGAAAAUCCAGGCCCAGAAAGAACUGACGGAGAGACAAGUGAGUGCCAAAUUCCUGGAGCUACACGAUAUACUAGAUCAAUGCAAAAUCCGUGUUUUACGAAACUAUUCUGCUUUGGCUAAUUCAAAAAUGGAAAAGCUGGUGGUUCAAGAGAAGGGUCUGGACCUGUCCCUGGGUACUGCUAAGAGUUUGAUUGGCUUUAAUGCAAGUGAUGAAGAACUGAUUACGAUGCAAGAGCAGGUGGUGAGUCGAAUCGAUACCGAAGUGGUAAAGCGAGGGAGGGAAGCAGCCAAUCCUGAUCUCAUGGAGAAAGAUAAUUUUGGAGUUGAUUUGUUUGUUUGUGAGGAUCUCAAGAAGUUGUGUGAGAACAAUGUUAUUGUGUAUGAUGGUAAAGUGGAUCCAACGAAGUGUACUGUGGAAGGAGAUGGAGUUAGAACUGCUGAAAUUAAUACACCUAACAAAUUUUCGAUUCUUGUGGAAUGUAAUACACAAUUAAAGCAUUAUACAAUACAAGUGGCUCUAAAAUCGCUAGUUGAGGAAUCAUCUCAGCAGUUGCAAGCAGUGCCUGUGAGGGGUGGAGUGUACAGUGUUGAGUACACCCCUAGGGUACGUGGUCGACACCACCUCCUGAUCUCAGUGAACGACCAGCCCAUCCCAGGAAGCCCCUUCUCUGUGUUCGUUAAAAUACCCCCUACCAAGCUGGACAAACCAGUGAGGGUGAUAAGAGGAAUCAAAGACUCUCGGUAUAUGGUGUUCAACUCAUCAGAAGAAAUGAUUGUAACUGACUAUAAAGAUGAUAUUUUGGUGUUGGACAAGAAAGGAAAACAAAUUCGAAGCAUCAGCAAAUCCAAGCAAGGGUUUAGUAAUAUCUCUGGUGUGACAGUAGACAAGGAGGACAACAUCUAUGUCUGUGACAGCGACAAACACUGUGUGUACAAGUUCAACAAAAAAGGAGAUCUGCUGAAGAAGUUUGGGACGGGAGGAAGUGGUCCAAAGGAACUCAGCUACCCUCGAGGGAUAGCAGUCGCUGAUAAUCAAGUGUUUGUGUGCGAUGAGUACAAUCACAGAGUCCAAGUGUUGACGACAGAGCUGGAGCUAGUCAAGCAGAUUGGUUCAUACGGAACUGGUAAUGGAUAUUUUAGCAAACCACAGGAUGUUGCAGUAGUGGACUAUGAACAAAUGGUGUAUGUCUCUGACUAUAUCAAUCACCGUGUUCAAGUGCUCACUAUGGAUGGUCGAUUUAUUCGCUCGAUUGAUAUGAAAGGGAGUGGACAAGGAGAUGUGUUUUACCCUCACGGUGUGUGUGUCAAUGGUUUUGUUUAUGUUGCUGAAUAUAGUAACAAGCAUGUGUCAGUGUUCACUAAAGAUGGUCAGUUUGUCACAUCAUUUGGUAAUGGUCAUAUCACUUCUCCUUUUGGAGUAGCUGUGGACAGUGAUGGCUUUGUGUAUGUGUGCAGUAAAGAAUCUGUUGUUGUCUUUUAGAAUUUAGUUUAAUUUUCCUGUACGUUUCUGUACAUUAUUAAAUUUAGACUAUUGGAUUGAAAAACAGUUUGCUCUAUCAUAGCAGUGCUCAUUUUGGUGCGUGUGCAGUAGAAAAUCUAGUUAUCUUGUACUAUCAUCUAUUUUCAAUUCAUUGAGAGUAAUAAUAUGAUCAUUAAAAACAUAA